AUGGCUGCCGUUUCAUCUGCCACGGGCACCACGGCCCUGACCCCCCCGAGUAGCAGCCACGGGGAAGAGGCAGCGUGGCAGUAUCCUGGAGGCCAGUUCGAGAAUGCAGCCCACGACAAGACUGGCGCCGCUGCACGCUUCGACCAAGCCCAUCGAAACCCCCUGGGCCCGCAGAAUGGCAACGCCUUUCCCCCCUCCCACCACCAGUCAACCUCGGCCAGCGCCCUCGACAUGGGUGCCCGCAAGAUGCACUCGGUAGACAACCUGAGCGCUGCUCGCUGGGACAGGCCCACCGAUGAGCGUGUUCUGUCGCCGCCUCUGGCCAUUGAACCCAAGCCGCGUCGCGGCUCGUCAGACUGGCACUCGUCAAACGGCGACGAUCGCAAACGGCCGCUGCAUCAGACCCUCGGCCUCGAGGUGCGCGACAACGACGACUCCAAAUGGAUCCACCGCGACAAGCUGGCGAAGAUUGAGAGCGAGGAGCUGCAGGCGGCCGGCAUCUUCGUCCCACGCACACGACCUCCCAGCAAGCAGCGCCGUGAGCGCAGCCAAAGCCGCCUGACGCGUGGCACCGAGUCCGUAGACAUGGACAGCCGGCCCCGAAAGGACUCGGCCACGCUGGAGCAGUUGCUGCCGUCGGAGCCGUCGACGCCGCACUGGGACCUGCGCACACCCGAGGAGAUUGCCGAGGCGGAGGCCAACGCCUACUUUAUCGCCAACGGCGGCAAGGGCGGGUCACGCAUUCCCGUGGCCAAGACCAGCCCCGCCCCCAUACCCGUCGACUACCUCGAACGCGGCUCCCCGGCCGUGAGGAGGCCGGCCGACGCCGUCGACGGCGACGCCAUAUCGUAUCCGAAGCCUCGAUCCCGCAGCGCCAGCCUCUCCGCGAGUCUGUCGGUCAGCGACCAGGCGAGCACGGGCACCGGUCCCAAGGUCGCGAAGCGUUCCGUAACGGACACGUCCCCAAAGAAGAAUGCUUCUCGCAGGCCGUCCGCUGCGUCCAAGGGCAGCGCGGUCACCGGACGGCCCAAGACGCGCUCCGGACCGACCAAGGACGCCCCUGGAACGAGACCCCCAACGCGCGGCGAGGGCUCUGCCGCCAGCAAGCAGCCCGAGGGCGACCCCCCGUGGAUGCUCAACUCGUACAAACCUGACCCUCGGCUGCCCCCGGACCAACAGCUGCUCCCCACCGUGGCCAAGCGCCUCCAGCAGGAGAGAUGGGAGAAGGAGGGCAAAUUCGGUGACGCGUACGACAAAGACUUUCGACCGCUCAAUGACAACGAAUUUCAAAAGCCUCCGGAGCCCGACGCCGGCGUCGCCGCCCAGACGGAAGAUGAGCAAGCCUCGCAGGCAGGCGAGUGGCCCCUCAAGCCCGGCGUGGCCAAGAGCCCGACGCUGCGGCAGGGUUCAUACUCGACCAUGCCCAAGAUAUCCGACAAGCCUCUCCCCGUCAGCCCGAUAGCCAGCCCUCGGGCCACCACCACCGGGCCGCCCCCGCAAGAGAAAGAGCAUGCCCCGGCCGCGCCGCCAGAGGACCUCGACGAGAAAAAGGGUGGCUGCGGCUGCUGCGUCGUGAUGUGA